UGUUUUUAUUUUUCUAGUUUGAGUGAGAGUUAUUUCACUGUAAAAGGAGCCGCUUUAAUUUUACCUCAGAGUGAUUGCAGUAGAAAAACAUCAAAGAAAAAUCAUGGAGGUGAUAUGCAGCAUCACUUACAGGCGAUGUUACACUUGCUACGACCUGAAGAUAAAAUGAAGAUGGCUGUUAAAUUAGAGAAUAGUUCAGCCAGUCCAGAUCACCGGUACCUAGCAUUAGUAUCGACUAUUGGUAGACAAGAUGAAGAGGAAGCGGUUAUACUAGGUAUUGAUUACCGAGAUACAGUCAGUCUAGGACUUGUUAUACCUAUAUUAUCAGGAACCAAAAUAAGACUGGAUGGAGAUGGUGGAUUUACUAUACUAGUACAUGAUGGUCAUCACUUUAUAUUUAAACCUGUAUCUGUUCAAGUUAUGUGGUCUGCUAUACAGAGUAUUGAACUAGCUAUAAAAAUGGCUGAUAAAAAAUUAUAUACAUCAGAAGGCUUAUCACAUACCUGGCUGUCCUAUUAUAACAGUAAAAUAGAUAUCACAGAUAAAGAUAGAAUGAUGGACAAAACAUAUUUAUAUACUCAUACUGUUAUUGUAUUUACUAUUCUUUUACUAUAUGAAGAAACAGCUAGAAUUAAGAAAUCUAUAACUCAAGAGCUAUAUGAGGUGAUGAUGCAGGUUGAUUUAGAUGAAGCCACCAGUAAAUCACUACGUCUGGCUGUAGAAGAGAAAUUAGGUAUUAGUGUUAUGCCAUACAGAGCCUUCUUUGAUUUAGAAACUAUGAGAAUAUUAGGACAGAUGGAUCAAGCUUCACAAAUUACAGAUUUUCUCUACUUAGGAUCCGAAUGGAAUGCUGCUAAUGUUAAAGAACUGAAAAGUCUUGGUAUUGGUUAUAUAUUAAAUAUCACAAGAGAGAUUGAUAAUUUCUUUCAAGGAAUGUUUCAAUAUAAAAAUAUACGACUCUAUGAUAGACCUGAAUCUGAUCUCUUACAACAUUGGAAUAAAACCUAUGAUUUUAUUGAUAGAGCUCGUAAAAAUAACUCCAAGGUUUUAGUUCAUUGUAAGAUGGGAAUCAGUCGUUCAGCUUCAACUUGCAUGGCAUUCCUAAUGAAAGACAAUAAAUGGUGUUUGGAUGAAGCUUAUGAAUAUGUUCAAAGUAGAAGAGCGUGUGUUAAUCCAAAUCCAGGUUUUAUGGAACAGCUAAAAACUUACGAAGGAAUUCUUACUGCUAGGUAG